AUGCUGGACCUGGAAAGCCUUCUAACUUGGUGUGACGACCUACAUCAAGUCAGAGGCAAUGUAUCGCAGCUCCAGGCGACUCUCAACCAGAUUCUUGCCAAGGCGCCCACUGUUCCGCAAUAUUUGGAGCUUGUUCUGAAGUAUGGCGACCAGGACACCACUCUGGCGUCUCCCAUUCAAGAAAAGGUGCGGGCGUCGCUUCAUCUGCCGCAAUUGAAGGUUGCGGUGCGGCUCAAGAAUCUCUUCGACAAGGGCUUGUUACCGUUUUUGCUUGGGAUGAGCAGAAUCAACUUCAAGUCGCCAAAAUGCGAUCGCUUCGUAGGCUACUUACUCGACUAUUGUCCUCCAAAACAGGACGUGGCCAACAUCUCUGUGGAUCUUGAAAGUAAACAGGUGAAAAGCGCGUUUUCUGUGGAUACCGCAUUGUAUCCUCCUCUGCUUCCGCCUAUCGAGAAUAAAGCCUUGUUGCGGUUGGUGUUCACAGACAAAUCCAUGAGACUGCCAAUGGAAUUCAUUGAAAUGCGCAAGAGCAUGGGCACCAAUAGCUUCAACAACACCCACAAUAGGAAACUCGCGUUGAAAGGGCGCUACUUAUUGGACCAGGCUCUCAUAGACAUCCUAGACGACUUGCUACCUGAUUUGCAUGAAGACGACAUCGAAGCGCUCAGGUACCAACUCACUUCCACCGCAAUUCUUGCUAAACUUGCAUAUAUUUACAACUUCCCCGAGGCCUUGUGUCAGAAUGUACCUAUGGAAGCAGACACUCAGACCAAAUUGGAGAUCUUGAAAACCGUCUUCCUUGCAUAUAUAGGCGCCUUGCCUCAAGACAACUAUCGCCACAGACAAAUCAUCGAUUGGCUCUGGCCGCUUUUCAAGCCGCUCGUGAAACCUUUGUUGGAGAAAGGACGCUCAGAAGGCGGCUUGAAAAGUAGGGUAGCCGUGGCUUGGGCUGAAUUCCAAUUCUUGAUGGGCCGUCUGAACAACUAUUUCAUGCAUUCAAUCAAACGCAUCCCCUAUGAGUUUGUGAUUCAUGACGAGAAUCCAUAUGUUGGACAGUUGAUGGUUGGAGGCCUAGCGUAUUGUUUCGGAACAGGAGAUACGCUCCUCGAGGCAAAGCAAUGGGCUGCAUUCAAAACGCUCAACGACACAAACUUCAAAGAAAGGCUUUUCACAUACUUGUGCGAGCAAAUGCAGUUGCACAGCGAUAAGCGCACACCAAAGCAUCGUCAAGAUCUGGAAGCUGAUAAGAUUACGGUUCCAAGAACGCCUGCAGAGCUUGAGCCUCAAGAACUUAAAUCCACUACGAGUGGAGCAGCAGAUGGAGCACAAGAAAAGGGAAUGGAAGAGACUGGACAUGUUAGGCCUUUUAAUCCUCCGCUGGGGCCAAAGAUGCACACUGCAAUCAAUUUAGCAAAAGCGCCACUCGCACCGCUGAAUCAACCACGGAUGCCUUUGCAAUACGGAAUGAUCCCUCCUCCGUUACCUAAUCCCAAGCGAAAAUGA